GGGCUGCAGGCGGCGGCAGGUCCGCGAACUCCUCACUCGCUCGCGGCUUCGGACGAAGAAGCUGCUUUGGUGCCGGGAUUCCGUUAACCUCACCGGCCGACGAACUGUCACUCUCCAACUGUAACGGGUCGUUUGGGACUUUCUCCCGACGAUGAUGAUGAGGAGGAGGAGGAGGACGAGGAUGAUGGCGGUGGGGUGCUGACGGACGCCGAGGAAGAUGAUUAGCGAGGAGAGAAGCCUGCACGGCGGUAAUAAGCAGUCGGCCGUGGUGGGCUUGCUGAUCCGCUCCCCCAAGAGGAGACUCGCCCAGCUCGGCCGGAAAGCCAGCAAUGGGUCCAACGGUUCGACCGGCACGGACCGCUCGGCCGAGAGCUCGGGCGUCCGGCAGCCUGCCAAGUCCAAAAUCCGGCGUCACAACAACAACAACAACAACAAGCGUCUGUCGGGCGUGUUUAACCGCAGCCCCGACCUAGGCCGCGGCGGACCCUCCACGCAGGACGACCCGGCCGAGUUGUCCUGCCGGCUGUCGGUGCCCGGCAUUCUCAAGAUCUUCGGCGGCGACAUCUGCCAGGGAGCCAACUACAAGAGCGUCCUGGCCACGACGCAAUCCGGCGCCAAGGAGCUCCUCAAAGAAGCUCUGGGCAGGUACAGUCUGGCGAAAGAGGACGCCAGCGCCUACGUGCUGUGCGACGUGAUCGGCCGGACCGGCGCGGGCGGCCCGUGGCGGCGGGAAUGUUUCCGCGUGGUGGGCGACCACGAGAAGCCGCUGGUGCUGCAGUCGCUGUGGAAACCCAAAGAAGGAUUCUCACGGCGCUUCGAGAUUCAGCUGAGGGUCCGCGUGGAGGAGCAGAGCCUCAAGGAGCGAGACACGGUCACAGCGGGCAUCAACGCUCAGGCGCGGAAGCUUCAGAGGAACCGCUCCAGAGCUACGUCGCUGUUCAUGGAGAAGAGCGACGCGGACGGGACGGACUUCUGGAGGAGCCUGAGCGAGAUGGACCUGAGCGCCGUGGGCAAAGAGGCCCGUAGGCUGCGCCGCAUCGGGGACCGGGACCGGGACCGGGACCGGGAAAGGGACGCCCUGAGGCUAGACGUGCAGGAGAAGGAGGAGACGGAGAGCAGCGAUGACAACGCCACGCAGUACUCCAUACAUCCGCCCUUUGACUUCCCCUACUUCCUGCUUCUGCAGGGAUACAACCACCGACAGGAUUUCGUCAUCUACCUGCUCAGCGGGAGCAGCACAGUGUUGGGCCGCUGCGGCGAGCACCGCGCCGGCGAGGACGAGGAGCGUCUGAAGGUGGACAUCCUGCUGUUCGCCCCCGACGUCCUCCCCCGUCACUGCCGCGUGCGCCGUCUGGACUCGGCCGCCGCGAUCCAGCCGCUCCACGGCGCCCCCGUCACCAAGAACGGGGCGGUGCUGAAGGAGGAGACGCGGCUGCGCCCUGGUGACGUGGUGGGCUUGGGCGAGCACUACCUGUUCAUGUUCAAGGACCCCACCGGUGCGGCGGCGGCGGGACCCCUGCAGACCGAGACGCCUCCCCGGAUGAGCCGACUUUGUCCCGACGCCGCCGCGGAGACGCCGCCCGCCUGUCAAUCGCGCGGCCGCCGUCCCGCCGUCACCGCGGGCGACGUAGCAGAAGACGAGCGGGCGACGCUAAGCUACGGUCUGGAGCUGGAGGACGAGGUCCUGCGGGAGAUCACGGACAUGUCGGAGUCCGGCGGCGCCGGGCCCAAGCUGACGGCCGCCUUCCUGCUCAGCCUCUGCAUUCAACACUCGGCCGCCACGCGCGACCUCAAGCACUUCAGACGCCUCUUGCUAAACAUCGCGGCGCGCGUACAGAAAGCUGUCUGGGACAAGACAAAGGAGCUCGCGUCAAUGCAGACAGACGGCCUCCCGCUGCGGACGCAAGAUCUGAUCUCGGGUCUGCGUCCCCUGGCCGCGUGGAUGGCCAACGCCAUCGAGCUUCUGCUCUUCAUCCAGCGGCGCAUCCCUCAGCUGAUGGCCGCCAGGAGGGACCGCCGAAAGCCAGGUCUGAUGGACAAAGAGGAGGUGGCGUCCACUCGUGACGCCUGCGAGGAGGCCAUGACGGUGCUGGAGGAGGUCAUCAUGUUCACCUUCCAGCAGUCUGUCUACUACCUCACUAAGAGCAUGUACUCGGCUCUGCCGGCCGUGCUGGACGGCAACCCGUUCUCAGAGAGCGGGCACCUGCGCGUGCCGGACGGUCUGAGCGGCGUCCUGGAGGUCCUGAAGGAGGCCCUGCAGCUCUUCACCUCCUUCCAGGUGCACGCCGACAUCUGCCUGCAGCUGUGCGCGUACCUCUUCUUCUUCAUCAACGCUUCGCUCUUCAACGCGCUCAUGGAGAGAGGCUCGGUGGCCGGCUUCUACCGGUGGUCCCGAGGGGUCCAGAUGCGCGCCAACCUGGACCUGAUGAUGGACUGGCUCCAGAGCAUCGGUUUGGCCGACGUGGCCGCGGACUUCUUCCAGAAACUCUCGGCGGCCGUCGACCUGCUAGCCACGCCCAAAGAAACGCUGCUGCAGGCGUCGUGGACUUCCCUGAAAUGUGAGUUUUCCGCCUUAAACGCGGCGCAGCUGCAACACAUGCUGAGCCGGUACAGCACCGGCAAGAACCGACCCGGAGGCUGGACUCCUGGACCGGAACACGCGGACGCCGCCUGCAGGACGGCGGACAUUUUGGAGAGUUUUGACCAGCACCCACCACUCAUCCUACCGAGCAGGAGCUUCUUUUUGGAAGAAGCCCACCAGGACCCCACCCUCCUGGAGCAGCUGGCCCACCUACAGCAGGCCAUCAGACAGAAGUCCCACGGGGAACAUCUCAACCCACAGGAGGAGUGCGACCUCGCUAGUGCACGGAAUCGUCUUGCUAGUGAGGACAACGAGCGGACUAUCACGCGGAUAAACGUCUUUCCUUUUCAGAUGGUAUCUGAGGAGCGUACGUCAGCGUCUUCCGCAAGCUCGUCCCCCGAGCGCCCCCCGACCUCGUACCCGCAGAGCCCGGCGGCAGAGUCCGCCAGCGAGCCGAGCGUCGGCGAGGAGGUUCCGACCCGCGAGCUGAACGGCGCGGAGAUCCGCAGCUUCCUGCCGGGACGCGGCCGGCGGGACGCGUGCGACCAGAGCGUUCCUCCGGACCCCUCCUGCCUGCUCACGCCCCCCGACACCCCCCAGGGAGACAUGGAGGCCCAGGUUCACCACAAUAACAAAGAAUCAGAUGGUGGACGUGUUGUCGAUAAAGAAGAAGAAGAAAAGUGUGACGACGACGUGUUCACAGUGGAGAUACACCGAGGUCCUCGCGGUCUCGGCUUGGCAUUGGUGGACGGCACGAAGACAUCGCUGAGGAUGAGCGGAAUCUACGUCAAGUCGCUUGUUCCCGACUCGCCCGCCGCUCGGUGCCGACGCCUCAAGACGGGAGAUCGAAUCCUCGCCGUCAACGGUGUCAGUCUGGUCGGAUUGGAUUACAGCGUUGGCAGGGAAGCGAUCCGCUCUUCGGGCGACUCGCUGAGGCUGCUGGUGGCCAACAUGGACGCCAACAAGAGCUCGCAGACGACCAAAUGUUGAACGGGAAGUCUCAAGCUUCCUUCCUGCUUCCUGUCUGCAAGUCUCUCCAGUCACCAAACCUUUUUUUUUUUUUUUUUUUUUUUGUAUCUUUUCAAAGUUUUUACUGAUUUAUAUUUAUAAAGAAACUUCGCUAUUUUCUCAUAUUUAUACAAUUCUUCAACAUAUACACAAUAAAUACUUAAUAUUGAA